UGCAGUUUCACGUCGGACAUAAAUAGGCGUCGGACCGUCUCCCUCAGCAAGGAGCCGCUGAUUAGUAAACAGUCAGAAUUAGAAAUGUGUCAGUGAGUGUUUCCCGACCAGAGGCGUUGUGUCAGGUCACGUGGAUCACAGGUUAUCACAGGUUAUCAGAGAGGCGGACAUGUUUAAUUCAUGAGAGGAUGUUUUCCAAACCGUUCCGAGUCAAAUCCAACACCGUCAUUAAAGGAUCGGACAGGCGGAAGCUGAAAGCCGACAUAUCUGCAUCCUUCCCUUCACUCUCUGCUGAGGAGCUGUCAGAGCUGGUCCCCAACAAAGAGGAAUUAAAUGUAGUGAAAGUUUAUGCACAUAAAGGAGACGCUGUGACACUUUAUGUCCUUCACAAAAAUCCACUGUUCUUCGAAGUGGAGAAACGACUUUAUCCUACAGUGUAUGUUCUCUGGCGCUACCCUGCUUUCCUGCCAACGUUCAAGACAUGGUCUCCUGUACUUCAGAAGUUGAUUGGAGGGGCAGAUCUCAUGCUGCCAGGCGUAGUGGUGCCUUCAAGUGGACUCCCACAUGUCAAACGGGGCGACUGCUGUGCUGUCGCAUCAGUGAACAAUAUAGCACCUGUUGCAGUCGGCACAGCUGCAUUGUCCAGUGCAGAUAUGUACAGCUCGGGUAUGAAGGGAAGAGGAGUGUGUGUUAUUCACACUUACAUGGAUAAUCUCUGGGCUUCUGGAGACAAGUCAGGUCCACCUUCUUUACCGGAUACAGAGAGCAAAGGGCAAGGGCAGAACGGAGAAGAAUGUACGUCUGAGGACGAAGAGGAGGAGGAGGGUGAGAAAUGUGUGGAGGAGGAAGAGAAUCCUGGCGAAUCAGUCACAGAUCAAAUCUGCUCUGGUACCGAGGAGCUGAACCUGGCUGAGCAGGAGGAAGAGAAGGGUGAAAAGGGUAAUGAGGAAGAGGAGGAGAAUGACGAUGACCAGAGAACGCCACAAGAGAUAAUGGACGCCCUGCUGGUGCAGUGUUUUCUGCACGCUCUGAAGAGCAAGGUGAAGAAGUCAGACCUCCCUUUGCUGACCAGUUCAUUUCUCCGCAACCACAUGUUCGCCUGCUGCCCAAAAGGAAAACCACUUGAUAUCAAGAAAUCCAGCUAUAAAAAGUUGUCCAAGUUUCUUCAGGCCAUGCAGCAGCAGCACAAACUUGUGCGAGUGAAAGAACUGACUAAGGGCGUGGAGAGCAUUGUGGAGGUGGACUGGAAAAAUCCAGAGCUGCGUUUCUUCAGGGUCCCCGUGGAGACAGAUGAUGGUGAAGCGGCUCCAGCGCAGCAUGAAGUGGAAGGAGAAACUCCGUACCAUCCUCCUGAGAUUACAAUCCUGUACUCUGUGUCUGCUCGGCUGGAGCCUCUCUUUCUGGAUGUAAACAAGAGGAAAGGAACAAUCCUGCAGCCGGCUGAAGUGAGAGAGUUUAUCACAGAGUACGUGAAGAAGAAUGAACUGGUGGAUGAAAUCAAUCAAAAUUACGUGACCAUAAACCCGACUCUGUGUGACUGCCUGCUGGAGAAAUCCGAGUACCAUGAGGUAGAGUCUCUCAAGUGGGAUGACCUUUUUAGCAGGACGAUGGGAAGAAUGCAGGAGUGCUAUGAAGUUGUGUUUCCUGGACAAAGGGCCAUUGUAAAGAAGGGCCACAUUGAGCCCAUAGACAUCUCCGUGGCAUCUCGAGGCUCCAAUAAGAAGGUGACUCUAAUAAAGAACCUGGAAGUGUACCAGUUGGAUCCUGCAGCUGUGGCCACCGCUUUGCAGCGCAGAGUCCAGGCCAGCUCCGUCUUACAGCCCAUUCCCGGGGCCAAAGAUAAAGUCCUCGUCCAGAUCCAAGGCAACCAGAUUCACAAAGUUGGCAGUUUGCUCUUAGAUCACUAUCAAAUUCCUCGCAAGUUCAUCCAAGGACUAGACAAAGCUGUGAAAGGUGGCAAGAAGAAGUAACAUCUCCACUGUCUUUAAAGCUGUUUGUAUGUAACCACAACAACACCAAACUGCUGCUGUCACUCAUGUAAUAAAUUACCUGUCGCCUUCUUGAGGUUGGUAAAUGAA